GAAAUGCUAAAAAUAAUUUGAAAAUUCCCACUGACUUGUCGGGGUGGACAAUACACCCUAUGACCCGUUCGGUGGAUUUCAAAUUAAUGUGCAAUUUCUGAAGAAGCUUCCGUGAGUUGGAAAAUCUCAUUCUCUAGUUCGUUGUUUUCUAAUGGGUACCUAGAAAACUCGUUCCCCUAUAUAUACAUAUUCCGUCGGAUACGUCUUAUCAGAAAAGCUCAACUGCCAGCUCUUGCAAAUAUAGCUUGUUAGUAGUUAUGGCUACUUCCAGGUUAACAGUUUUCUUAGCUGUGCUUGUGCUGCUACCAAUUGCAGCUUUAGGAUUCCCUUGGACUCCUUUUAAUGAGAAGGUGUGUGAUGAGGUGGAGUGUGGAAAAGGGACCUGUGUAACGAAUUCGAGCUACCCUUUCACCUACAUCUGCGAGUGCGAGGCCGGAUGGAGGAGGACGCGCUUGGACAAUGAAGACGAUCUCAAGUUCCUCCCUUGUGUCAUUCCCAAUUGUUCGCUCCAGUACUCUUGCAUGCCGGCUCCUCCGCCGAUCCCACCGGUUCCAUUCAACUGGUCUUUCCUUGACCCUUGCUACUGGACCUAUUGCGGAGGAGGAACAUGCAGCAAAUCAACAUCAUACGAUCAUAUAUGUCAGUGCAGUCCUGGUUAUAGCAAUCUGAUGAACGUCAGCGUUUUCCCUUGCUUCAACGAUUGUGCAAUUGGAGCUGAUUGCGCCAAGCUUGGAAUCAAAGUCGCCACUUCGACCAGCACAACGGCUUCUUCCUUAGGUAGCGGGAGUCACGCUUACGCUGUCCUUCCGGGCAAGAUCGUUUGGAUGGCCAUCCUCACCACAUCUAUUGCUUUGGUCCUGAAGAAGUAGGAGGGGGAUGUGCCGGGUCCAUCUAUAUCUCUUACCUAGUCUAUACUACACAUGUCAUGGUCUUGAAUACGCACAGGGUCGUUGUUGAUGAUGAUGCAUUCUCUUCAUUAUUUUCAUUUUAUGUGGUGUAAAAAGUCUUUCGUGUAUUAAUAAGGUGCGGGAGUAGGUGAAACAUUAUUGAUGUAUAAUAGACAUGUACACACGUUUUUGACUACAAAGGCCUAGUCCUAAUCUC